GGAGGACCAAAUGGAGGGCAACAAGAAAUCCAAUAUCUUAUCCUUUUUCUAGUUAUGUGGCUCUCUCCACCCCAUCUUAGAAACCAUCAUCUAAACAUAUAAAAACAAAAUAAAAACAAAGCAAAAUAGAGAGUGAAAAUGGCAGCCAGUUUUCUCUCCAACCCAACCACCUUCCUCCAAUCAUCAUCAUCAUCUUCUUUAACCUCUCAGAAACAACACAUAGUGAAGGGAACUAGUGUGUGUAAACCAGUGUGUAGAUUACCAAACUACCCUCCACAUAUCUCCAAGAGAAGUCUAUCCAUAAACCUUACUUCACUUUUCUUGUUGUCCUUAACUGGAAAUGCCAAUGCUGCCAUUUUAGAGGCUGAUGAUGAUUUGGAACUCCUGGAGAAAGUCAAGCAAGAUAGAAAGAAAAGGAUUGAAAAACAAACUGUUCUGAAUUCAGCCAACAAAGACAAAGAAUAUCUACAAGAUGUUAUUUACAAGCUUAGCAAAGUAGGCCAAGCCAUAGAGAACAAUGAUCUACCUUCAGCUGGUUCCAUCCUUGGUCAAACUGAUGCUGACUGGCUCAAGAAGGCUAAUGCAGCCCUCUCACAGUUGAGUUCGAGCCCUGAAGAAAAGGCCGAAGUGGAUACAUUCAACUCGUCGUUGACUUCUUUGUAUUCGUCGGUAACAAAGAAUGACAUAGAAGGAUCAAAAACAGCUUUUGUGGACUCAGCAAGUGCAUUUGAGAAGUGGACAACGUUGACUGGUUUAACUGGUCAACUUAAAGGCCUUUGAGCAAAGUUGUAAUUUAUAGUUCUUUUGAUUUUACAAAUUAAGGUUUAUAUGACAAGCAAUUUGCUUGCAUGAACCCAUAUUUUACUAUUUUUUUUUCUAAUAAAUUUAGUUUGCUUAAAUUCUGAGUGUAAGAAGAAACUAAAAUUGAACUCCUACAUUCUUGUAUCUUUUUGGUUUUAAUCUUGUAGUUUGUUUCUCAA